UUGUUGUUGUUCUACACACGGGUUGAGGAGAUGGGAAACUGGAGGUGAGGAAUUCACCACAGAGGCACAGGAACGAGACAGAGCUUUCUGACUGACUGGGAGUAAAGCCAAACCUAUGGAUCUUCAACAGUUUGCAGUUUAGAAGCGUGAAGGGUAUCACUCAUCGUCCUUCACUGGAAGAAGAAGACGAAACUUGUAAACCUGUGUGUCUCUACCAGAACUUCCCACGCGGCUGUCUGAAGAAGAGAAGUAGAGGGAAAGAGAGAGAGGAACGAAGAGCAAAAACCAGCCUAUCUUGGAAAGGGAAGAAGGACGGUGUCCUGAGAGGGAGGUGGCUAUGCGUGAGGAGGUUUCCUGUGCCAACUCCCCUGAAGGGGGGCUGGGGGCCAGCGAGGAGGAGCUGGAGAGGGGGUCCAAGAAGAGUGGGCCAACAGGGGGGCGAAAGCGGGUGCCGUACCCCAAGCAAGACAGUUUGGGUCGGGCCGAGGAGAGGGCCGUGGUCAGCGGGAGCCCCAACUGCCUUGUUCCGUCAGGGCCAAAGCGGCAGAAGAAGCAACAGAGCUCCCCCACGUCGGUGGUGUGUGUGGCCCCAUCCGUGCUGAGCUCCAGCGGCCUUGGUUUGGGCCCGGGCGGCGAGCCCUUCGAGGACCUGCACACUCAGCGAGUGAUCGCCAACGUUCGCGAGCGCCAACGCACGCAGUCACUGAACGACGCCUUUGCCUCGCUGCGUAAGAUCAUCCCCACUCUGCCCUCCGACAAACUUAGCAAGAUACAGAUCCUGAAACUGGCGUCACGCUACAUCGACUUCCUGUACCAGGUGCUGCAGAGUGAUGAGAUGGACGCCAAGCUGGCUAGCUGCAACUACCUAGCCCACGAACGCCUCAGCUACGCCUUUUCCGUCUGGAGGAUGGAGGGUGCCUGGGCAAUGUCUGCCAGCCACUAGUGUCCCCUCUCCAUCCUGCUCUGCCCGUCCUACUCUGUCUUAACCUUACUUUCUCUUACUUCCUUCUUGUACUGCCUAACCCCACCACCCCUGGCCUCCCCUAACCCACUAUCUCUGUACCCCCGAACCCCACCAUUCCUGGCCUCCCUUAACCCACUAUCUAUGUACCCCCUAACCCCACCAUCCCUGGCCUCCCCUAACCCACUAUCUAUGUACCCCCUAACCCCACCAUCCCUGGCCUCCCCUAACCCACUAUCUCUGUACCCCCUAACCCCACCAUCCCUGGCCUCCCCUAACCCACUAUCUAUGUACCCCCUAACCCCACCAUCCCUGGCCUCCCCUAACCCACUAUCUCUGUACCCCCUAACCCCACCAUACCUGGCCUCCCCUAACCCACUAUCUCUGUACCCCCUAACCCCACCAUCCCUGGCCUCCCCUAACCCACUAUCUCUAUACCCCCUAACCCCACCAUCCCUGGCCUCCCCUAACCCACUAUCUAUGUACCCCCUAACCCCACCAUCCCUGGCCUCCCCUAACCCACUAUCUAUGUACCCCCUAACCCCACCAUCCCUGGCCUCCCCUAACCCACUAUCUCUAUACCCCCUAACCCCACCAUCCCUGGCCUCCCCUAACCCACUAUCUAUGUACCCCCUAACCCUACCAAUCCUGGCCUCCCCUAACCCACUCUCUCUGUACCCUGUAACACAACCAACCAUGGCCUCCCUUAAGCCACUAUCUCUGUAACCUGUAACCUCACCAUCCAAGGCCUCCCUUAAGCCACUAUCUCUGGCCCUCCUUUAAGCCAAAACACACUGUUUCCUCCUAACCCACUACCUCCAUCUCUUCAUUAUUCGCUAUUCUCUACUGUUCUUCAAACUGUUCUUUGCUUACCCUCUCAUUUCCCUAAUCGCCCACUGCUCCAUCACUCACCUUACCCACUGCCCCAACACUCAACUUAACCACUGCCCCAUCACUCAACUUAACCACUGCCCCAUCACUCCCACUGUACCCGUUCACCCUUCGAGCUUUGCCCCCCCAACCCCCCUUUCCACCUAAAAUGCCCCUGUAUGCCGCCUAACAAUUUAGCCCCACCUCCACAACUCUACGGUACACCGCUGCAGGUUAGGAAAGCGGAACCAUCUGAUAUAUCUGUGCAUCGAAAUAAUGACAGACAUCUAACGAAUGGACUCCUCUUUACAUCUAAAAAGGUCUGUCGUGUCCAUCCUCCCCUGCAUACCCCAUCUCUCCUUCUUCGGAAGCCCUGGCCCACAGACCUGGGCAUUGGAGCGAACACAGGCAUUGGUUUAAGGACAGAUAUCCAGUCGACUCUCCUUUUGCAGCCUGACAGACAGACAGACCGUUUUAUAAUGCUCUAUUACAGUACGUGACUGUCACUGAGGCAUGACGAAGAUCCUCAAUUUAUACGCCACUUCAAAGACUCCACAGAGGAAGAUUCUUUGACAACUGAGAUGACUUACGCUCAUGAUAACUACAAUAAUGGCCGUAAUAAUGACCCCAAAGGGAUAGAUAGCUGGUGGUCCCAGCCCAAUGAAUGUUUACAGCAAAGAUGCUAAUAAGCUAAUAAUUGUAUGCUCUUCCACCUCCAUUUGAUGGGUAGGAAAAGUCACAGAAGCCUGCCAUGUUUCCAACAGUUAUAUAAAUGUAUCUGCUUGAAUUGUCUGUUGCCUGUGUUCAUGUAUUUCUCUGUUUGCAUUAUGCCCCUUCAUAGCGAGUUGACUUAGCAUGUGCAUAUGCUAAUUGCUUAUUCAUAAAGGUUACAUUUUACAUUACAAUGACUUUAUAUCAGAGUAAGUAAUAAGCGAUAAUCUUUGCUGGCUCCCUACAACACAUGAGUACAGUAGUACACACAGUUUUGUAGCAUGCACAGACUAUGGUUAGAUUAGACAUAGUGGAUAAAUUCCACUAAACCUAAAGGUCUGUGAUAGAUUAAGUGUGAAAACUUAACAUGCUAAAUAACUACGUGGUAAUACAGUAGGAUCAUAGUAACAUAUUACAUAUUCUUUGGACACUUUUAACUAAAGUAAAGAUACAAUUAGGAGUGACAUUGUACAUUGUUGUAUAUACAAGUAACAUUGUACUUAUAGUUUUAAGUACCAUUGUACUUAUAGUUUUAAGUAGCAGUGUAGUACUUUUAAAUGAAAGAUAAAAAUAUAGUUUGAAUAUUGUAAGUUUAGUAAUUCAUUGGAAUUUCUCUUUAAGAUACUUUUAAGGAAAUACUGCAAUAUGCUAUCAGUAAUUUGAGAGUGUAAUAAAUUGUAAACUGUACUUUUUUUUCACAAUGUGAUAAAUUCAGAUUUUGUUGCUACUGGGUAAUGGUAGGUAGUGGGAAUAUCUGAUAUACUGUCUCCAGAAAAUGUAGUUGGUUAAUAUGUUUUAUCCUCGUAGUUCUUUUGGCAGAUUUUUUUGUCACCAGCUUUUCAUUACAUGAGCUCCUGUGGAUAAUAAUAAAAACAGUUUUGGUAAAAUACCA